AACACACACACACACACACACACACACACACACACACACACACACACACACACACACGGCUCUCAGCACAUACACCCUGGGCUGAGCGGUUCUGCCCGCUGCAGCCGUGGGCCCCUGCUCACCGCGCGCGGCUGCCACUGCCUGCGAAAUGACGGCGGUUCCCCUCACUUCCAGGAAUCCACGCUUCCUGGAAGGUGAGUGGCUGGGCUCACCCCUGCCUGCCACCGAGACGCAGACAUGCACACACCACCCGCACUCCCUCGCCGUUUCCAAGGCGGCGGCCGUGUUCGCACCCAAGGGUCUCACCGGCAAGGGAAGGAUAAUCUGGAGAGGGAUCCCUCAGGAGGGUGUGUUCCGGAUUUGUUGCCCCAGGCCCAGGACUCCAACCAUUUUAUAAUGGAAUCUUUAUUUUGUGAAAGUAGCGGGGACUCAUCUCUGGAGAAGGAGUUCCUCGGGGCCCCAGUGGGGCCCUCGGUGAGCACUCCGAACAGCCAGCAUUCUUCACCCAGCCGCUCGCUCAGUGCCAACUCCAUCAAGGUGGAGAUGUACAGCGAUGAGGAGUCCAGCAGACUACUGGGGCCAGAUGAGCGGCUCCUGGACAAGGACGACAGUGUGAUUGUGGAGGACUCCCUGUCAGAGCCCUUGGGCUACUGCGAUGGAGGGGGGCCAGAGCCUCACUCCCCCGGUGGCAUCCGGCUGCCCAACGGCAAGCUCAAGUGUGACGUCUGUGGCAUGGUCUGUAUCGGACCCAACGUGCUCAUGGUUCACAAACGGAGCCACACCGGGGAGAGGCCCUUCCACUGCAAUCAGUGCGGUGCCUCCUUCACACAGAAGGGGAACCUGCUGCGGCACAUCAAGCUGCACUCUGGGGAGAAGCCCUUCAAGUGUCCCUUCUGCAACUACGCCUGCCGCCGGCGCGACGCACUCACUGGCCACCUCCGAACACACUCAGUCUCCUCUCCCACAGUGGGCAAACCCUACAAGUGCAACUACUGCGGCCGGAGCUACAAACAGCAGAGCACCCUGGAGGAGCACAAGGAGCGGUGCCACAACUACCUACAGAGUCUCAGCACUGAAGCCCAAGCUUUGGCCGGCCAGCCAGGUGAUGAAAUCCGUGACCUGGAGAUGGUGCCCGACUCAAUGCUGCACUCGGCGUCAGAGAGGCCAACUUUCAUUGACCGCUUGUCCAACAGUCUCACCAAACGCAAGCGUUCCACCCCACAGAAGUUUGUAGGUGAAAAGCAGAUGCGCUUUGGCCUCUCAGAUGUCCCCUACGAUGUGAACCCCGGAGGUGGCUAUGAAAAGGACGUGGAGCUGGUGGCCCACCAUGGCCUAGAGCCCAGCUUUGGAGGUUCUCUGGCCUUUGUGGGUACGGAGCACCUGCGUCCCCUCAGACUUCCACCCACCGGCUGCAUCUCAGAACUCACGCCAGUCAUCAGCUCUGUGUACACCCAGAUGCAGCCCCUCCCCAGCCGGCUGGAGCUCCCUGGGUCCCGCGAAGCAGGUGAGGGACCUGAGGACCUGGGAGAUGGAGGCCCCCUCCUUUAUCGGGCGCGAGGUUCUCUGACUGACCCCGGGGCAUCCCCCAGCAAUGGCUGCCAGGACUCCACAGACACAGAGAGCAACCACGAAGAUCGGAUUGGCGGGGUGGUGUCCCUCCCUCAGGGCCCGCCACCUCAACCUCCCCCAACCAUUGUGGUGGGCCGGCACAGUCCCGCCUAUGCCAAAGAGGACCCCAAACCACAGGAGGGGCCAUUGCGGGGCACCCCAGGCCCUUCCAAGGAAGUGCUUCGGGUGGUGGGUGAGAGUGGUGAGCCUGUAAAGGCAUUCAAGUGUGAACACUGCCGCAUCCUCUUCCUGGACCACGUCAUGUUCACCAUCCACAUGGGUUGCCAUGGCUUCAGAGACCCUUUUGAGUGUAACAUCUGCGGUUAUCAUAGCCAGGAUCGGUAUGAGUUCUCUUCCCACAUUGUCCGGGGGGAACAUAAGGUGGGCUAGGGAUCUCCUUCCCCGGGGUCUCAGCCCCGCCCCCAACACUCCACUGUCCCACCUACAGGUGUCUAGCCCAAUUUUUAUUAUACCCCCAGGAGUUGUGCAUUGAAGCCCCAUCCACUGGCCACCUCACUUCACACUUGACUCUGACCCUCUUUGCCUGUUCCCUUCAACCCUGACCGACUUAAGCAUUGUGACAAGUCUUCUGCUUACACUUCUCCUCCUAAACUCCUCUCUUCCGGCAUAUUUGCUGUUUAUUAAU